GUAGUAAAAUAUCCCCAAAUUAAUCAAGAAUCUAAGACUACGAACAACAUCAUCUGUCAACUACCUUCCACCUACCGUUAAAUCAUUCAACAUCUCUUUCUCUUUUCUUAAUUUUUAAUUUAAUUAACUUUAUUUCUAAUUAAACCUCGUCCUUGCUAAUUUAUUUGCUGCCAUUAUUCUCAAAUUCCGUUUUACUUACUCCCAUUUUGCGCCAUCAUAUCAUAAUCUUCUGCUGAAAAAUGGCCUCUGGUGGGUGGCAUAUGGAAAAAAGAUCCACUUUAAAAAGUGACUCAUUAGCAGACAAAGGAGAGGACUCAGAAAGUUCACUGGAAUGUGGAUCACUUUCUAUAAUCGUCCUCGGUGCUUCUGGGGAUCUUGCAAAGAAGAAGACUUUUCCUGCUUUAUUCAACCUCUACCGUCAGGGAUUUCUUCCUCCAAGCGAGGUCCAUAUAUUUGGUUAUGCUAGGUCAAAGAUGACAGAUGAUGACUUGAAAGACCGUAUUCGUGGAUAUUUGGUUCCUUCCAAGAAUGCAACACCAGAGACAUCCGAAGAUGUUUCUAACUUUUUGCAUCUGAUCCAAUAUGUCAGUGGAUCUUAUGAUUCUGAGGAGGGAUUUCAAUUGUUGGAUAAAGAAAUAUCCAAGUAUGAGUAUGAGCAAAACCGUCAAGAAGGAAUAUCUAGAAGACUCUUUUAUCUUGCUCUACCUCCUUCGGUGUAUCCAUCUGUCUGCAGAAUGAUAAAGCUCCACUGCAUGACUAAAUCUGGCAAUGUUGGAUGGACACGAGUAGUUGUUGAAAAGCCUUUUGGGAAAGACUUGGAAUCAGCAGAACAACUUAGUUCACAGAUUGGAGAGUUGUUUGAUGAGUCACAGAUUUAUCGUAUUGAUCACUACCUGGGAAAAGAGUUGGUGCAGAACAUGCUGGUAAUGCGAUUUGCCAAUCGCUUUUUUCUUCCCCUUUGGAAUCGCGAUAACAUUGAUAAUGUACAGAUUGUGUUCAGAGAAGAUUUUGGAACAGAGGGUCGUGGUGGAUACUUCGAUCAGUAUGGAAUAAUUCGUGACAUUAUUCAGAACCACCUAUUGCAGGUUCUUUGUCUGGUUGCCAUGGAGAAGCCAGUCUCACUUACACCAGAGUACAUUCGUGACGAAAAAGUGAAGGUUCUUCAAGCAGUUAAUCCGAUUAAGGAUGAAGAAGUUGUUCUUGGGCAAUAUGAAGGCUACAGAGAUGACCCAACUGUUCCAAAGACCUCAAACACACCAACAUUCGCGACUGUCGUUUUGCGGAUACACAAUGAAAGAUGGGAAGGCGUUCCAUUUAUUCUAAAAGCAGGGAAAGCAUUGAAUUCAAGAAAAGCAGAAAUCCGUGUUCAGUUCAAGGAUGUCCCUGGUGAUAUAUUUAAAUGUAAAAAGCAAGGGAGAAAUGAAUUUGUCAUGCGCCUACAGCCUUCUGAGUCAAUCUAUAUGAAAUUAACGGUGAAACAGCCAGGGCUGGAAAUGUCGACUGUACAAAGUGAAUUGGAUUUGUCAUAUAAACAGCGGUAUCAGGAAGUCGUUAUUCCAGAGGCCUAUGAACGUUUGAUUCUGGACACAAUUAGAGGCGAUCAACAGCACUUCGUCCGCAGAGAUGAGCUCAAGGCUGCUUGGGAGAUCUUUACUCCUCUUUUACACAGAAUAGACAAAGGACAAUUGAAGUCUCUUCCAUAUAAGCCUGGAACUCGAGGUCCUGUUGAGGCAGAUGCCUUACUUGAAAAGGCUGGUUAUGUUCAAACUCAUGGCUAUAUAUGGGUUCCACCCUCAUUAUAGGUAAUGUGGUAAAAUAACACAACUAUGAUUGGACUAUGUCAAGAGUAUUGGAUUAUUAGAUUACUGAAAAUAAUGUAUCCCACUGCUAUCAAAAUAUUUUUAUGGCUUCAUGUCCACCGGUUCGUUGGUGGUGUAAUCUCGCUAUUACUUUGGUUUUGUAAAAUUUAUUUAUUAGCAUUACUUUUAUACAAUCCGUUAAAUCAA